CCACGAGGGACACCUCGAUCUCGAAACGAAUCUGCUCCUGUGAUCGACCAUGAACAAGUGCAGAAAGCUGUCAUUACCGGAGCAUCAUCUGCAUCCUCGUACUUGCUCGGUAUUUUCUCCCUUGCAUUAUGACUACUCCGCAAACCGCUUGGUAUACUCCUCUUCAUCUGGAUCUUGGGCAUUCUCUUCGCGCAAAUGGCGCAAACCUUUCACACAGUCUUUUUGCCAUUUUGUAUCAUUUCCGGGAUCUCCACCUCUGCAUUAUGCUGCAUACUGCCGCCCAUCCUGAAUAUCAGCCUGAAAUGGGCAAAUUUCCCCCAGCUUGCAGAGCUGCAGGGUGCGAUGUUCGAGCAGUUGCUGGAUGAGUCAGUCACAGAUUCUAGCCUCAGUUUCAAGAUCAAGAAGGCAGAGAUGGCGAUGAGCGAUCUUGUCAUGCUUGUGUGCCACAGCAAUCUGAUUAGCAGGGACCUUCUGGCAGAGUCGUUGGUAGGUUUUGUGGACGACGCGAGGAAAACGGGUCAGGGUUUGCAUAGACUGAGCUCGAAGAUCGGAGGAGCAGUGGAUAGUAUCAUGGCCGUUAACAACUAUGCGAUCCGUGCCAUCGAAGCGGCGAACGAGAAGCCCUCAUCAUCUUUCUCGAAGAUUUGGCCAUUCGCAUCCUCUGUUACCUCUGCUACAUCCACAGAUUCCAUGGACAUCUCCAUGAGUCACCUCGAGGCUGUCCAUGAAGUGGUCAAUCGUGAGAACAAUACCAUCUCGGCUGCACAUGAUGAGCUGCUCGCCUCGCUGUGGAUGUCGCUUGGUGGAAACAGGCAUGAGCUGAAAGGGAAGAAACAGCAUCUCGUGCUUCUGAAGGAACUCAGUGCAUACUGCAGAUGGGCACUCGCACAUGUCACGGUUGUCCUGCAGAUGCUGCAUGCUUUGAGUGCAGACCUGGAGGAGCUGCGGAAGAGGGUGGCAGUGCCGGACAUCCUUGGUGAGCAGAUUCCUGUGGAAGUGCAUAUGCAGGCUAUCCAAGCUGGGCUCGAUCGCCUGAAGGAGGGGCAGAUGAAGGCACGAGAGAGAGAGG